CCACUGAUUUUGAUUGACUGAUUUUGGCUACUGUCCGCUUCUCCCUCACUCACUCUGCAGAAAAUGCAGAAUCAGGGUUUUACAGUUUGAACUGUAGAGGUGCAACAAUGAAAGCCAUUGAAUCACAACAACGCAUUCAAAAUCUAAAUGACUCUACACUUGAAAAACAAGACGUAGGGCUUGAUCCUCAACCUUUGUUUUCAUCGGAUCCCAGUGUUCAAAACCCUCCUCAGAAUCUACCUGACGCUGUGGAAAACGACGAUGACGAUGAGAUAGCGUUGCAAUUCAUCUGCAAAGAGCUUCAGGGUCUAGUCUUGAACCAGGCUUAUAUCGAAGAGAGAUCACAAGGAGAAAAUCAUGAAGAGAAUGGAAGAGAAAAAUCUGAAAAUGAGUGCGGAGAUAAUUAUUAUGGAGGUGGUGACUAUACUUGGAGUGAAAAUGGAUAUGAAAAUGAGAACGACGUGGAAAAUGAGAACAGUGAUGUGACGGGCUCGAAGCAAUGGGGAUUUAAGGGGAAUAGGAAGGGGUUGAAUUACCCGUUGAGACCCGAUGCUGCAGAUUGUGCUUAUUAUAUGAAAACAGGGACGUGUAAAUACGGAUUGAAUUGCAAGUUUAAUCACCCUUCCCGAAGACGAAAUCAGCAAUGGGCGAUGGAGAAGGGCAAGCAAAAGGACGAAAGCGAGGAAAGAGCAGGGCAGAUUGAAUGCAAGUAUUACCUGACAGAAGGAGGGUGCAAGUAUGGAAAUACCUGUAAAUAUUAUCAUAGUAGGAGAAAGGGUGCGAUCUCACCUGUUCUGAAUAUUAACUUUCUUGGCCUUCCAAUUCGGCCGGGAGAGAAGGAUUGCCCCUACUAUAUGCGCACUGGCUCCUGCAAGUAUGGAUCCAAUUGCAGGUUUCAUCAUCCUGAUCCAUCUACAGUGGCUGGAGGUGAUCCUUCUUCCGGAUACAACAACGGUGGAUCUGCUCCAGUAAAAAGUGCUCCCUACCCAGCAGGGUCUUCCUGGUCUUCGCCAAGAGCAUUGAAUGAGACAGCUUCUUUUGUACCAGUGGUAUAUCCAGCAAGUCAAGGCAUUCCUCUUCUAAGUCCUCAAUGGAAUGGAUAUCUGGCCCCAGUCUAUCCAACCUCAGGGAAGAGCCUCCCUACACCUCCAGAAUUUAUAAGAAAGGAUCCAGCAACUAAGACAAACUUCUAUACCCGAGCUCAACAGCCAUGGCUUGUUGAAGAAUACCCUGAACGGCCAGGUCAACCUGAUUGCAGUUACUUUAUUAAAACAGGAGACUGUAAAUAUAGAUCUAACUGCAAAUUUCACCAUCGAAAGAAUCAAACAUCUAAGACAAACAUGAGUGCUCUCAAUGACAAGGGCCUGCCACUAAGACCUGAUCAAGCUGUCUGUUCAUUCUACAGCCGUUAUGGGAUUUGCAAGUUUGGACCUGCUUGUAAGUUUGGCCAUCCAGAACAUUAUGACAACUCAGCUUCUUCUAUUGGGUCUGUCUUUGAUCAGCCUCCAUUCGGCAACUCUGCUACCUCAUAUGGCUCUAGGUGGCGAGGAAAGGAAACGGAAGUGGCUCUCUAACUAGUCUAACAAGUUUUUGCAUCCACUUCAUCCAGAGUACAGAAUAGAAACCACAGGGCGUUUCCAUUUUCUCUGACUUGAAACUCUAUAGAGAUAGUCUUGCUUAUGUUUUAUAUUAUCCAAAUAGGAUUUUGUAUAUUAUCCAUAUGCAUGUUUUUAGAUUAGAUGAGGUUAUAUGGAUGUUGAUGCAGCAGUACAUCACUAGCAACAUUAACUUAAUCAGGAUAUGCAACCCCUUUUCUCCCCUUGAAUAUCGAUCAAAGUUUUCA